CUUUUCAUUUCAAAAUGCAGCAAACAUAAGUAACUCUAAUCUAAAAACAUGGCUCCAAUUGUGCAAGUGCAACAAAAAGGAGCUGAUGAACAAGGAAUUCGUAUCCAAGGAGAUGCUCCUGAGCCAGUAGAGGAAGAAGUGACAGCAUCAAAACCAAUCAUUGGCAUCAUAUACCCACCUCCCGAAGUUAGAAACAUUGUAGACAAAACUGCAAGUUUUGUCGCAAGAAAUGGACCUGAAUUUGAAGCAAGAAUUCGUCAAAAUGAGGCUAAUAACUCUAAAUUCAAUUUCUUGAGCCCCACUGAUCCAUACCAUGCGUACUACCGCCACAAAGUAAAAGAAUUUUUAGAAGGCAAAGGGCAGGAACCAGCUGUGCCUAAAGCACCUAUCAAAGGCACCGUUAAGCCGGCUGUUGCUGCCGUCCAGGAUCAAUUCAUUCCAAAGGACCCUCCAGCAUCGUUUGAAUUCAUUGCUGAACCGCCUUCGAUUUCUGCCUAUGAUUUAGAUGUUGUACGCUUGACUGCACAAUUUGUAGCUCGAAAUGGGCGGAGUUUUCUAACCCAGCUCAUGCAAAAGGAAACCAAAAAUUAUCAGUUUGAUUUUCUGCGUCCUCAACAUGCUUUAUUCCAGUAUUUCACAAAACUAGUUGAGCAAUACACAAAAAUUUUAAUCCCCCCAAAAAAUUUGAUGGCAAAAUUGAAAAUUGAGGGUGAAAAUCCAAAAAAAAUUCUGGAUGAUGUCAAAUAUCGUGUUGAAUGGACGAAACAUGAAGACAGAAUUAAAGCUCGUGAGAAAGAAGCGAUUGAAAAAGAACGUUUAGCGUAUUCACAAAUCGGUUGGCAUGAUUUUGUGGUGGUAGAGACUGUUGAUUUUCAACCAACAGAAAUGGGGAACUUCCCUUCACCGGUCACAAUUAACGAACUCGGCGCUCGAUUGCUGCAACAAGAACGAUAUGAAAAAUAUGGGGAGGAGGGAGAUAAGGAUGUUUCAGACGACGAAGAAAAACCAGCCCCUCAACGAGAACCUACUCAAAAUGAGAGUGAAAGCGAAGACGAAAGCGAGGAGGAAAUGGAAACAGUGAGUAGAAAACGGGAUGAACCUCAAGCUGAGCAGCCACAACUUGUUGAUAUGGACAUGGAAGAGAGUUCAGAUGAAGAAGAUGUAGAGAAGCCUCAACCUCUUCCACCAACAUCUGGAGAUGUCAUCAUUCGCAGAGGUUAUGACCCGAAACAGAGGCAACCUGAUCAUCUUGAAACGUCCUCAGAUGGAAAAUGGAUGAUUUCACCUCUUACUGGAGAACGUGUUCCAGCUGAAAAAUUCCAGGAACAUAUGAGGUACGGUCUUCUAGAUCCAAACUGGAAAGAACAAAGAAAACGACAAAUUGCUGAAAAGCAACAGGAUGAAGAAGUCUUUGCUGGUGGUACUGAUAUUGAGCACGCUUUGAAAGGCCUUGCCGAGCGUCGUACAGAUAUUUUUGGCGUGGAAGAAACCGCUAUUGGUAAGAAGGUCGGUGAGGAGGAAGCAGCGCCGGAAGACAGAGUCAUGUGGGAUGGACAUUCCGGCAGUGCAGAAAGUACACAACGAAAAGCUGCUCAAGGCGUUACUGUUGAUGAUCAGAUUGAAGCUAUUAAAAAAGCACAGGGAAUCAUCAUGGACGAAAGUAAGUCUUCAAUUGGUCCAUCAACAACAAAACCAAACAAUGCACCAAAACCUGUUCCGAAACCACAGCCGAGUAUAGUACAAGUUACGCAGCAUCGACAACCAGUUCAAAUGGUCCAGAUACAGCAAGUGCCUCAACGUCAAGUUUUAACUCCGGUUGUUGUGCGGCCAAUGAUCAAUGUGGUGCCUCAACAACAACAAGUACUUGUUGUUCAACAGCCAAUGACAGUCCAACAUGUAGUCCAGCAACCCCCUCCACAGAUGUUAGUUCAGCAGAAUCCACCACAAAUGAUGCAACAAAUGCAUCAACCACAACAGCAGUUCUCCCAACCAGAACCUGAGGGUCCACCUUCAAAACGGCAACGCACUGAAGCUAAUCUGAUUCCAGAAGGACAGUUCCUUGCACAUAACCAUGGACCUGUUAUGUUUAGAGUCGCAUGUCCGACUGCUGAUAGAGCUGACUGGAACCUAAAGGGCCAAAUGUUGACAUUCACACUCCCAUUAACUGAUGAAGUGUCUGUGAUAAAAGCGAAGAUUCAUGAAGCAACUGGAAUGCCAGGUGGAAAACAAAAACUACAACUUGAUGGACUUUUUAUUAAAGACUCAAAUUCUCUGGCAUUUUAUAACAUGACAAAUGGGUCAGUUAUAAAUCUACAAGUGAAGGAGAGAGGAGGAAGGAAGAAAUAAGAAAUUAAACUGCCAUUGCGUACAUAUAUAUUUUGCUACAAUGAUAGGCAAUAUGACAAUAAUUGCUGCCUAACCUUGGCACAAAAUAUUUUCUGAUCGUGCAAAUGUAAACAUCAGAUUUGUACAAUUCAGUUGAGCGUGAAAUUGAAAUUAAUCUUUUUACUGGUUGGGAACGAACAUCGAUUUAAAUGGUGAGAAACAAAGAGAAGUGGCUUGGGUCUAUGAUGCAAAAUUUUAUCUUGCACCAAGUUGAAAUCUUUUUUUUUAUAGAGAAAAGUGAUUCUAUGUCCUUAGAUAUGAUCAAGCCCAAAAAACAAAUGCUUUUCUUUGGCAUAAAUCAUAUUGAAGUUUAUGGUCUUAUUUUUGUAUCCAUCGAAAGUGAAUAGCAAAAUAUUACAGCUAUGAUGCGUUGUGUGUAUAUAUACCUGAUUCACUGCUUGAGCUGUCAUGGAAAUGCAACUAUCCAUGGUUUCAUGCCUAUUCGUUUUGCAGGUGGUUUUGUUAAGUUAUGUUAUCGGCCCUUUUUUGACCAAUUCAAUUUUUUUUUAACCAGUAAAAAUCAACCAUGCACAUUCAAAUUAUGUGAAAAACAGGGAGUUUUGCUGGUUGAAAAAAGAAACUUCAAAGGAAGCCAAGGCUCAUCAACUUCGUGCACAUCUUAAUUAUGCUUACUGAUUCCAUUUGAAGUUGUCAAAAUGGGUUUGAUAAUUAAAUACUAGGAUAUUCUUAUGCUUGAAAUCAUGAGCCGCGUUUCAUUGCCGUGUAUAACAUUCUUAUCUAUGGUAGAUGUUACUAGCGAAAAAGACCUU